AUGCCCGGCAUUGCUGGCACGUCUCCCGCCUCACUAGAGCACUUGGGCCGGCCGCUAUUCAGGGCCCACAAGUCACUUCCCCGAAGGCCAAAUGGCGAUCCAAGUGUACAUGUCAUCCACGCGUCUCCAUCUGACCCCAUCGUUGACACUUCAAAUGGCGGUGCUCACGCAACGGCGCCCGCUCUUCCUUUAACACCGCCCGGUGUUCCUCCAGAUGAAUCCCCAACGCCAAAAGAGCUGGAAUUACAAAAGCUCGCCUCGCCGCACUCCAUGUCUGGAACAGCGACACCUUCAAAACCAUCGCACCCACCAACCCCCGAAACCACGCCGCCUCGACUUCCUGCCACGACGUAUCGACCUGGAUUUGGCAGUCAAUUCCGGCAGGCUUCUUCCUCGUCGCGUGCGGAGUCUUUCCAAACAGCAUGCGAAAUGAUCUCCGACGGUGAGACUGAGACCCCUCACCGAUCGUCCCCAUCGUCGCGUCAGUCGACCAGGCAGAGGUCACUGCAAAAGAGUGUUCAAUCAGAACCCAAGAAUGCCAGACCGGAAGAUACCACACCUGUCGUUGACGAAUCCGAUGCCAUCUUACUAAAGCCAUCCCGGUACGAAGGUAUUAACGGGGAAUGGGCAACGGAGAACACCGACAGGUUUGCUGCGUCGCGUCAGAGGCGUAGGCGCUCAAGGAACCAUUCCUCCGAUGCUCUUCCUACCGCAAACGCGCCGGAACAGCCUCAGAAUACAUGUAGCACGAGUGCGCGCGACUUGGAUGUCCCACGAACACGUGAAAGGAACAUACGCGUUCGAGUCCGAGAUGCGCAGGACACCGGCGCCAGUCCAUAUCCAGAACAGUAUUCUGAAAAGAUUGACUGGAGUCCCCCGGAGGGCCGAACGGAUCCCUACACCCACGAUGAUUCUCGCCGAUUCUCGGGUGUAUCCACUUCCUCCACAAUCGAAGUGAUGAUUGUUGACACACCCGAGCCGUAUAAACCCUCCCUUCGUCAUACAGAGAAGAGGGUUUCGCUGCGUUCGACCAGCUCUCCUAUCACCAGGUCAGAGCGUGGAUCCUUAGUCUCGAACCCAGAUUCGCAGCACCGCUUGAUCCACAAGGCUGCUCGUAUCUCAGAAAAUGAUCGCAGAAGUAUCGCAUCGGAGAUGUCCAUCUCUGAAAGCUCAACCCAGGGUGGCCUUCGGCAGCAGGUGGAGGUCGUUCCGGUCGUGGUGAUUCCGGAGCGGCAUUCAUCUUUGAAAUCCUCGGCCUCGACCAGCAGAAAGCCAUCCAAUGCCAGCUCUCAGCCAUCGAGCCGCCGAACACGGACAAGAUCGGGGAGCAGACCGGAGUCGCUUGAUCGUCCACCCCAAAAGAGACGUACUUUGUCAAAUUCCAGUGCGCCCUCCCAUCAGGACACAGACUCCAGGGGUCGCAGCAUUGGUCGGCCCAUUAUCCCUCCACGUAGCUCGUCAUUAUCCGCGCCGACCAGCCAGAACAACUCCCGAGCCACGUCCCUUACAUCAAUGAGCUCGCGAAAUUAUCCAUCGGCGGUGGAGAACGAAAAGGAAAACCAGCAGCCGGAGCCACCGAUGCCUGAGCCUAUGAAAGCACCACAAGUACGUGACCGGGCCGAUGUGCUGAAGACGCAGUCCAUUCUUAUCGGGGUAGAGGAUAUGGCCCAUCUACGCUCACCGUCAGGGGCUUUCACGCUAGGAUCAAUCCCGUCGUCAUCGCCAGGAUUAGUGGAGAUUAGUGAAGCUACCCUGGUGCCUUUUUUUCCACACAACAAUGAAUCUCUACUGCUGGUCGACCCGCAGCACCGAUCUGGACCUCAAGGGCUAGCAAUUCGGGUAGAAUUCCAAGGCAGUCCGGCAAAGCCAGAAUUCCCUCAAAGCCCAGAACAGGGUGAGGUAGACUCCCCACUGCAGAAUCCGCGCCAGCCCCCAAAUCCCCCCGUGUGUAAGAUCAGUCCACCCACCCCGGUGAAUGAGGCAGAUCGUGAGCCUGAAAGAGGCACGGGAAAUGGGGAGACGGGUGAGCAGCCCUCUCGCCGAUUCGGGUCGGUUCGACGCCCUUGGAAGCUCCGACCUCGUUCUGAUUCCUUUAACUCCAUCGCCCGAUCAUUCUCGGUAACGUCGGCGAAAAACCGCAUGGCGGGGAAAGAUAUUGACGGCAAACUCCACCCGUUCUGGAGGCCUCGUCGGUUCUGGGAAGAUACAUCGGAAUCCGAAGACCAGUCCCCUCGCGAACAGACUUUUCGUCCUCCCACGUUGGGGGCCGACCAGGUCAUUAGCAACUCCUUGGGGAUGCCUCAACAGCGGGUUGUGUUUCAAGGGCCUCCCAUUUCUCCUCGCAGCAUUGACACGAAACGGUCUUCCGAUGAGGCGGCUUCCCGUCGCCAGGCCCGGGACAGUCUCGUGGGCAGUCGAGUAUUCAUGCCUGAGGCGUUGUAUUCACAGACUUCUCUUCACCAGCGACGAUAUCGCUCUCUCUCAUGGUGGCGAUUACGGCUUCGGUUUGGUUCCGUGCGCAGCUUCCGUAAGCGUUUGAGACGCAGCUGGCAGCAGCGUGCCGAGGGCAAGCGAGAAGCCCGACGCGAGGCGCUGAAGCAGAGCAUUGGUGAAGCAGUCCUCGUGGACUCCAGCACGCAGACGCGAAGUAUGGUGCAAUAA